CUUCCGAAACACCGGUCUAACUCGCCAACCUAGUCGUCCUAGUCUGACAUUCAAUUUUUGAUCGUCCCUUCCUCAGUUGAAUUUACGACUACCGCAAAACAAAUGACAGUGCGUGUGCUCGCUGCGUAAGAUUGAAGUUCUCAAAUGUUUCAGGUGACUUAGUAGUGAUUGAUCGAUUGAAAUCAUGACAGUUCAAGAAUCACCGGAAACAGCCUUCAUUAAUCGUCUGGAUUCCUCAUCAAACUUGAGAAGAGCAAGAAGCAAAAAGAAGAAUAAAUUGAAGAGAAAUGUUAUCGGAGCCCUCGUCUUCGUGGCACUGAUAAUAGUGGUCGUCGUUUUAGUUGUUAUAUUCACGAAGAGAAAAGAACAAUUCAAAGGCAGCGUUGUUACCAGUGGCCAUGGAUGUUCGGAUAUAGGAAUCUCUAUUAUGAAAAAAGGAGGUAAUGCAGUUGACGCAGCCAUUGCAGCAUUAUUUUGCGAAGGUGUAGCUAUGCCGGAAUGUAUGGGAUUAGGAGGAGGAUUUCUGCUAACUCUCUAUAAUAAAUCCACAGGAGAGGUGUGGGCCUUAAAUGCCCGAGAAGCAGCACCAGCGGCAGCCACGGAAACUAUGUUUGUUGGACAGCCAGCCGAAGCUUCACUCAGAGGGGGUCGGUCAGUUGCAGUUCCAGGAGAGCUUCGUGGAUAUUGGCAUCUCUAUCAGAGGUUUGGAGGAGGAUUGCCCUGGAGAGAUCUUGUACAACCCACAAUAGACUUAUGCCGGAACGGUAUUUACGUAACAAAAGUAUUAGCCUCACGUUUUAAAAUGAGGAAGGCCUUAUUGUAUAAAGAUCCCGUUUUGAGGGAAAUAUUCUUCAACCCCGAAACCAAUGAUACCUACCUAGAAGGCCAGUAUUACAAAAGACUGAAACUAGCAAGGACAUUAGAAACCAUAGCGAAAGAAGGUGGAGAUGCCCUUAAUAACGGAUCCCUGACCAGAGAUUUUAUAACAGAUAUUAAAAAUAAAGGUGGUAUAAUGACAGAAGAGGAUAUGCGAAGCUAUCAGCCCCAAUGGCAGGAACCUGUACAAGCUGCACUUACAAAUAAUCAUACAUUGUAUGCAUCACCUUUACCAGGAAGUGGGGUUAUCUUAGCCUUUAUUUUGAACAUUCUGAGUAACUUCAUCAAUCUGAAGGAACCUAAUUCGAUCACUACAAACCAGAGAAUUGUUGAAAGUUUCAAAUUUGGUUACGGAAAGAGAACAGAAUUUGGAGACCCUGAUUUUGUGGAUUUCAGUGCUCUGUUGGCAAAUUUGACAUCGAAAGAAUAUGCUGAAAGAAUCAGGAGAUUCAUUCAUGACAAUAGUACUUCACAAAAUCCUCAGUAUUACGGUGCCAAUACGGAUUUCCAAGAGGAUCAUGGAACUUCACAUAUUUCAGUUUUGUCUCCCGAAGGUGAUGCUGUAUCUGUUACAAGUACUAUUAAUUUCAUAUUUGGAGCUGGUUUUGCAUCGAACAGCACGGGCAUUAUUUUGAAUGAUGAUAUGGACGAUUUCUCCUCGCCCAACAUGACGAACGGGUUUGGCCUUCCGGCUUCGCCUGCCAACUACAUAGCACCUGGAAAACGACCGAUGUCUUCAAUGUGCCCUACUAUUGUUUUGGACGAGAACAAGAAUGUCAUCAUGGUUCCUGGUGGAUCGGGUGGUACCAAAAUAACCACAGCUGUUGCAUUGACAGUCAUAAAGCACCUUUGGUUUGGUAUGGAUUUGAAGUCUGCUAUCAACGAAAUGAGACUGCACCACCAGCUCUUCCCUAUGAAAAUUAUUUUUGAAAGUGGUUAUAAGAAGAAGGGAAUGGACAUCGUUGACGGUCUGCACAAAAUUGGACAUGAGUAUGACUACAAGGAUGACUAUGGAUUCGCAGCAGUAGCAGCAAUAGCUAAGAAUCCUUCAACAGGCGAAAUAGUGGGAGUAUGUGACGAUAGGCGGCCAGGUUCAGUAGCCUAUAUCAAUUAACUAUGUAGAUGAAUUUUUUAAUUUAUUUUUGUUGAAUUAUCGAAUUUUAGAAACCGAAUAAAACAUAUUACAAUAAUCCUGAA